AUGAACUCCAGACGCCAACUCGUGGUUCGGUGCUAUAGAAACAUCAUCGUCCCUCUAACUUCAUCACAACCACCAUCGCGAUCACUAUCAUCAUCAUUUUUAUCAUCUUCAUCAUCAUUACCACCAUUACCAUCAUCAUCGCGAUCGUCAUCAUUGUCGUCGUCGUCUUUGAAGUUCGACCUGGUCGAACCGCCGUGUCCCCGUGUUGUCACUUCAAUUCCUGGCCCCAAGUCCAUAGCACUGACCAGCCAGCUCGCUGAUAUCCAAAAUGCCAAAGCAGUUCAGAUGUUUGUUGAUUACGGCAGAUGUUCCGGAAACUAUCUGGUCGACGCCGAUGGGAAUGUUCUGCUGGACCUCUACACCCAGAUAUCGUCUUUGCCAUUUGGUUACAAUCAUCCCAGAUUUGUUGAGGCCGUGAAAGACCCCAAAAAUCUGCCACUGAUGAUAAGCAGACCGGCUCUUGGCAACUUCCCUCCUCUUGAUUGGGUGGAACGACUGAAGAGGGCUCUCUUGUCUAUAGCCCCCAAGGGCAUGGCGCAUGCGCAGACGCUUGGUUGUGGUGCCUGCUCAAAUGAGAAUGCCGUCAAACUGGCUUUCAUGACUUAUAUGAGAAGGGAACGCAAAGGUAGGCCUGUAUCAGAGCAGGAACUGAAGAGCUGCAUCACCAAUCAACCACCGGGUGUGCCAAAUCUGUCUAUACUGUCAUUCAAUAAGGCUUUCCAUGGCAGAACCAUGGGUUGUCUGGGCCUGACCCACACGAAGUGGCCCGUCAAAUUGGACGUACCACAACCUCAGUGGCCCAUUGCAACCUUUCCACAACUGAAGUACCCCUUAGAAGAACAUGAGAGGGAGAAUUUGAAGGAAGAAGAAAAGUGUUUGAGUGAGGUUCAAUUUAAAAUGUCAGAAUGGAGAGACAAGGGUUGUCCUGUGGCUGCGGUCAUGGUGGAGCCGAUCCAGGCGGAAGGGGGCGACAACCACGCCUCGCCACAUUUUUUUAGGAGGCUUCAGCAAAUCUGCAAACAGAACGGGGCGUACUUCCUAGUAGACGAGGUGCAGACGGGGGGUGGAGCCACAGGGACCAUGUGGCAUCAUGAGACGUGGGGACUGCCAUGCCCACCUGAUGUCGUAUCCUUCAGUAAAAAGAUGUUGACCGGGGGUCUGUAUUUCACAGAGGAGAUGAUGCCAUUAGAGAGUUACAGAAUUUUCAAUACAUGGCUCGGUGACCCAUCUAAGGUCAUGCUACUAGAAGUCAUGGCUGAAGCAAUAGAGGAAUGGAACCUGUUGGCUCACGUCCGAGAAACAGGAAGGUACCUUCUCAAGGGGCUUCAAGAUCUCCAGGUCAGGUACCCAGGUCAGAUGUCGUCGACAAGGGGUAAGGGGUUCUUCCUCGCAUUCGAUGCCAGGGAUGAAGUGUCCAAGAAUAAGUUGAUCGAUUCUUUGAAGAUGAAAGGUGUGUGCGUGGGCGGUUGUGGCGACCACUCGGUGCGGCUGAGGCCAGCGCUGGUGCUUCAGAGGCCACACGUUGACCUCUUUCUUGAGAAGUUGAAAGAAUCCUUGGAAGAGUGCAAAUAACGGUGGUGAUGAUGGUUUUAUUAUUAUUACUGUUAUUAUUAUAGUUAUUAUUAUCCUAUUAUUAUUAUUGUUUUUGUUGCAGAAUGUUCAUUAGUUCAAUUCCAUAACGUUAAUUUAUUAAAUAGUUUUGAAUGGAAAUGAUUUCGAAAAUAUGAAAAUAAAAUGGCUCAUAAUUUGGAUUCUUCACCGAUUCCAACAUUUCCAGCUUUUUAUUUGUUGAAUGAAUUGUUGUACGAGUUGUGGGAAUUGUUGAAUGAAUUGUUGAACGAAUUGUGAAAAUUGUUGUGUGAAUUGCUAUGUGAAUAGCAAUAUUAUUAACAAUUAUUUCGCA